AUGUCCAACAUUCAGUCAAUUACUAACUUAUAUCGUGUUGACACUACAAGUGGAAGCAAUGCAGUUACAGUUACACAAACAGAUUAUAUAACCUCAACUAUUCUUGUACCUGAAGCUUCUUCUCCUACUGCCUCCCUUAUUUUUACACCAUCUAAUAAUAAUAUUCCUGUCUAUACUGCUGAUCAAAGUGUUUGGGAUCAACGUCUCCAUUAUUAUUUGCCUAUUAUUCUUGUCUUUGCGCUUAUAGGCGUCAUUACCAUUCUCGGCUUUCUUAUUUAUUUUUUUUAUCGUAUCUAUAGAAUGACUUAUCAAGCAUAUGGACGUCGUCAGUUAUCAUGGAAUAUGGAUAGUCAUUUUGAAACUAAAAAGCAAGCUAGUCCCAUUACAACUCAUUUUACUCACUUUAUUCGUAAGUUCUAUCCUAUGUCUGUGACAGAGGAUACUAUAGAGACUCGUCAACGUGAGCCAAUUCAUUACGAUACUACAGAGCCAUCUGGCCUACUUGCAAAAUUACUUUAUAAACCUAAACAAAAUAGGUUGCCUAUCUUAGAGGCACCUGUACAAAAUUUGGAAUAUCCUAUCUCAUCUACCUUUGUGCCUAUUCAACCAUCUUCAUUGACGUUAGUACCUCGUUCUGAAAUUUGGCAAGACCCUGCGCGUCGACGUGGAGUAGACGAAGUAGCCCUUUGGGAACAAAGAAAACAACAACAACAACAGCAGCAGCAGCAGCAGCAGCAAAGGCCUGCUAUGUGGCGCUUUCAAGAAUACCCUCAAUCACCUGAAGAAAAUACUCAGAUGCAAUAUUUUAGUAUUAAACAUCAUGGAUCCAAUCCUAUCGAGACUACUAGCUUACGAUCUUCAAGCACUAUUAAGGAUUUAGCAGAGCCUCAAUAUCUAUAUCGUUCCAAUUCGAUUCCUUAUGGUCAACCUUCUUCUUCUACUGCCUAUCAAGAUCAUCAUAAUGAAGAUGGAUAUAACAUGAAUAUCACAAAUGGCAAAUCUCCUAUAAGUGAUGUUCAUAGAGCAAGGCAAAUGCUUAGACAUGGCCAAAUGGAAAAUAAUAGUAGUCAAUGGCUUCAAUUUACUGGUAGCCGGAGUCUUUAA